GUGAUUCCUUUCAAAGAUUAGGGCUUCGUCUACUGCAAGCCAUCCACAUCCUCAUCCUACAUCCUUCACUCUGCGGUUAAGGGUGAAGAGUAAAAAAGAGGAAGCAAAGGAGGGGGGUGGAGGGAGACAGAGAUGCGCGGUUGUGCAAGGUGACGCAGGAUUGCGUCCCUUGUUUUCUUUUCUUGACAUGUUCUCCUUAUUUACUCUGUCACAUCCUUUUCACUCAAAGUAUAUAUAUACUAUAAACAUCUAAAAAAACAAUAAUCGGUAAUGCCUGAUGUUGAGCUCAUGGACGGGAUGAUGCGUGGAUGAUGGCUUUGUUUCAGGAACAAAGGAAACAAUGCUCUUUAACUAUUUAGUAUUGUUACUCCUUUUAUGUAUUGUAAUUGUAUACUUUGCACAUGCAAACAUGUACAUGUACUCUUACAUAUUCAACAGACUCACCAUGCCGCCAUUUUGUCCCGUUCUACUGUCACACAACACCGUCGCUCGUCUAUCAUUACGUCCUGCAUCAAUCGUCAUAGCUCACCCCAAGCGCAACUGUUUUCCAAGACAGAAAUAGACGCUUGGUAGAUGAUCAAUCAGGGAAAAUAGUAUUAUAAAACGCGUGCAGUUUCUAGUACACUUGAACGAAAAGGGGUAGCCCGAAGGUGGAAAAGAAAAAAAAGGGAGAGGGUAGAUCACGAAGACUUUUUGUGCUCAAUUUAGGAUUGGAUUUUUUCAAAUGUCCAUUCAAUUUGACUUCUUUGAUAGCUCUGUAAUUUGCAUAAAACUAGGUGCCAGCUCAAAUGAUUGAUGAGCAAAG